UUUUGUAUGAUCCAUUAUAUCUGAUAAGAUAACUUAUAAGUAAUUAAUUUCUUAUUACGUGUGAGUGACGAUCGAAGAAUUUGCACAAGUAUAUAAAGUAGAUUAAGGGAAAUAUUUGCGUUACAGUUGGCCUUAAAAUUUUACUUCACAGCCGCUAUUAAAAGUACAAAAAAAUGUUAUUCAUAAAAUUAUUUGUAUUGACGUUAGUAUGCGUCCUUAAUGUACAAGAAAUUUAUGGCCAUGGAAUGAUGAUGGAUCCUGUAAGCAGAAGCAGUGCAUGGAGAAAAGGUUUCCCCGUAGAACCCAAUUAUACCGACAAUCAGCUUUAUUGCGGUGGACGCGGCACUCAACAUGAGAAAAAUGGUGGCAAGUGUGGGGAAUGUGGUGAUGAUUACGCUUUACCUCGACCACGACCAAACGAAAAUGGCGGUACCUAUGGAACAGGUGUCAUCGUUCGCGAGUAUAAGGCAGGUUCUGUUAUUGAUGUCACCGUUCGUCUUACUGCUGCCCAUAAAGGUCAUUUUGAAUUCCAUCUUUGUCCUCUAAAAGUGGAAAAGGAAUUAGAAACUGAUGAAUGUUUUGCUAAAUAUCCCUUACCAUUGGCUGACGGUAGUGGUUAUAAAUAUCCCAUUUCCUUCAAUGCCAAGGAUUAUGUCAUCAGUUUGGUUCUUCCAAAGGGUGUCACAUGUAAACAAUGCGUAAUCAGAUGGCAUUAUCGUACUGGAAAUAGCUGGGGUGUUUGCGAAGACGGAACGAAAGGCAUGGGUUGUGGCCCUCAGGAAACAUUUAGAACCUGUUCUGAUAUUUCCAUUAUGAAUUAACUUGUCAUGAAACUUCAAAUUGGACCUUAUUAGUUUUAUCAUAUCGGUUAAUAAAACUUUUUAUGAGAUUUAAACUAAAUUUUUUAAUAAAUAAAAAAAACUUUGAUCUAAUUAGGAUUUGAUUAAGAAGAAAUAAAGAAAAUAAAUAACAGAAAGAACUCUUAAAUGCAAAAGAAAUGCUGAGAUAUAGGAAACUGAUAAGAAAUAUGUGAAAACUUAACUUGCUUUCCAAACUAAUUUUAAAGUAGAUCUUACUACAUUCAGAGCCGGAUUUUUGAUAAACACAUUUUUUUAAAAUGUAUAAUGCCUCAAAUGGAAAAUAAUUACUGGUAAGAUAUUGAGCCAGUAUCAAUUUUAGAUACUGAAUAUUAACGCGAUACUAAUAUGCUAGUACUGACGCAGUACUGUUGAAAUGCUAGGUUGAUAUCCAGCAAUGGGCUAAGAUUUGAAUUAUAAUACUAUUACGAUACAAGAUUGCAAUACCAUAAUCAUAUUAAAAAUUACCGAAUUUUCUAUAUUGCAACAGUACCAAAUAUUGAUAUUGAUUCCUAAUAAUAAUAAUAACAAUACUUAUAUUAAAAAUCGAAUGCAAAAUUUCAAUAUUAUAAUAAUAUAACUAUUAAUAUAUAAUAAUAUAACUAUUAUUAUAUAUUAAUAUCAAUAAUCGUUAUUAGAUUUUACUAGUAGUGCAAUAAUACUGCAUAUUAAUAACACAUUCACAAAAAUGUUGUUUGUCAAUAAGAAUUAUUUAUACUAUAAUAUAAAUUCCAAACACACAAUUAAUAUAUCUAUAUUAAUAAGAUCUAUAAUACUAUAAGAUUUAUUAAAAUGAAUUGAAUUCAUAAUAAUCAUCUAUGUUGUUCCGGUCUGCUUUAGUUUAUAUUAAAUUUAUUGAAGAAUUGUAGGUUUAUGGAUAAAGGAAUAUGAGAU